UUUUUGCGCUGACGUGACGUGACAGUUGAUUUGUUUGAUUAAAAUAAAUAAGAGAAAAAGCGCAUAUAAAUUGACUUGGAAUCAAUCAAUCCUUUAUCGGUAGCCGAAAAAGAAUAAGUAAUCCGCGAAUUGGAAGCAUAACUAAGGAGAAGCAAUCGGCGGAACGGUCGAGAGAGAGAGAGCGAGAGAAACUGGGAGCUGCACGGGUGAAAUUUUGUGGUUUCGGGACCCCCUUGACCCCCACAACACAUCCUAUCUCUAUCACCAUUUACCCAGUGGCAAGAUGCUGUGUAUACAAUAUUAGCGAUUAUCGAAAGCAGGCAGCGCAUGUGCCGGCAUCCGAGAAAACACUAUUUAAUAUUUAAGCUUUUGUAAACAAAUUCUGGAGCGGAGACCGAGGUCAAACAAACACAAACUGACGAAUACCUGGUGAAUAGGUUUCGUUUGGUUUCGCCGAAAGUGCCAGUAGUCCCGUGCAGUUUGCAAUGGCCACAGCCACAACUUUGGAUAGCCAGCUGUUGCCCAAUGGCAGUAAUAGGAAUGGCAAGAGCAAAAAGGAGGAAGAAGGAUCUGGUCUUAGUGCAGGUGCAGAUGCUGGAACAGCACUAACAGCACACCCAAACACAUCCGGCACCUUUAUGAAACUGAAAACCUAUCUCCUAGCCCUGCGUCCAUGGUCGCUGUCCGCCAGUCUGGUGCCCACGCUGCUCGGCUCGGCCUUGGCCCACCGCUCCCAGUGGGCGUCGGAGUUCUCGCUGGCCACCUUCUUCCUCACCGCCUUCACCGUGGUCACCGUCCACUGCGCCGGCAACGUGGUCAACACCUACUUUGACUUCAUCAAGGGCAUCGACAAGCAGAAGGCCGACGACCGCACGCUGGUGGACCACAUACUCACCAAGGAUGAGGUAGUUUCUCUGGGUGCCAUUCUAUACAUGGCCGGCUGCGGAGGUUUUGUUUUGCUGGCGGUGCUCAGCCCAGCGAAAAUGGAGCACCUGGCGCUGAUUUACUUCGGUGGACUGUCCUCGAGUUUCCUGUACACGGGAGGCAUUGGUUUCAAAUACAUCGCCCUAGGAGAUUUGUUGAUACUGAUACUGUUUGGACCCAUCUCUGUGCUUUUUGCCUUUAUGUCACAAACUGGUCACGUGGAUUGGACGACAAUGGGCUACGCGAUUCCAUUGGCCCUAAACACAGAGGCCAUCCUGCACAGCAAUAACACCAGAGAUGCGGAGAACGAUCGUCGGGCUGGCAUCGUAACACUGGCCAUUUUAAUAGGACGCACUGCCUCGCAUGUUUUGUACGCCAUGCUGCUCUUCGCACCUUACUCGCUGUUCUUCAUAUUUGGCUUGAAAUACUCCCUGUGGUUCCUGCUGCCACUGGUGACCCUGCCACAAGCCUUCCAGAUAGAGAAGCGUUUCCGGAACGAACAGACGAUGCACCUGGUGCCACGGCAAACGGCCAAGUUGAACUUCUUCUUUGGCAUCCUGUAUAUCGUGGCCUGCUGUUGUGCGCAGCAGUUGCCUACCUUUGGAUUCCGCAAAAAUUGAUAGACGGGGAGAGUCUACGGAUCUGGCAGAAAAUCAUAAUCGGAGAGAAACUGGUGCAAUGUUUUUAGGGAAUUUCAUUAGGUUUUAGUCAAUGUGUGUAGUGAGAAGGGAGAACAAAGCUUUGUCAAUUUCCCACAGUUUGAUGUUGCGCAAUUUUCCAAUGCCUGCUAGUCGCCCGUUGGAGUCUAAACUUUUGAACUGAACAUAUCCUAGCCCUAAAGGGUCGAUUCAUUUGACAGAAAAUCUAGGGAUAAAUAUAAGCAUUUUGCAUUAGAGAGUAAUGGCCUAAUAUCAGCUUAGAAGUUUACUUUUUGAAUUCCAAAUGAUAACUAUAAUUCUGUCUGUAAUUUUUCCAGACCGUUUUAACCAUUUAAUAGAGCUAUAAAGUCUUUAAAAAAAAAGGAAUCCAUAUUAAAAAUAAACGAUGACAAUUUUAUUUAUAGAAAACAACAUUUCGUUUCGAAUUCAAUUAGAUUAAAAGUUGAUAAUAGACCUUUAGAUUCUGAGUCAAAGUCUCUUUAAAUUGUCCAAAGAUUUGUUCAUUUCCUACAAUAUCGACCCUAAACCUACCUCACUCGUUUUUAUUUAUUUCACAUCGUCACAAUCUUAAAUCUUAACCAAACAAUUACGACUCAAUUACAUUGAUAAUCAUACUCUUCCUCUCGCGCGUUGGGAAUUACGGACCAAGAAAGUUAUGUGCAACAGUAACCAGUAAUGCUUAUGCAGACCCAAUUUUAUAUUAUUCUAAAAUAUAUAUAGCUCCACAUUCAUACGGUGCAGAUACUUAAGUUCCGCGAAUCAAAAUGCAGAUUUACUUUACGAAUAUAAGUGCUUGGAAAUGCAGCUAAGUUGAAAGUUUUUGGCAAUUGGCUGGCUUGCUUUUGGUGUAACAAUUGUUAGAGUUUUUACAUAUAUUAUAUACACGAACACGAGCAAAUAUUUAUAUACACAUCUAGAUCAUGUAAGCCCAGUGUCUAGCGGCAGGCUGAGAGUGAGAAUAUCAAAGGAAAAAUCUAAGUUUAACGAAAACAGAACACAAAUUUAAAUUUUUAAAUAACUAUAUACGUAGAUGUCGAGGCGAAGAAACAACAAUUGUUUUCCAUUAACAAUAGCGUGUGCAUAUAAACAAAUAGCUUUAAAUAUCGAACAGAAGAGGAGAAAGCCAAAACCCAUUCGCAUUAUAAUCCAUUGUGUAACUGAACAUUUUUGUGGCAAUAUUUAUUUGUACGCUAGUUUUUGUAUAUUCAUUCAUGCUUUUGUAUAAUGCAUUGAGAAAUGCUUCUGUUGGAAUCGCUUAGCAGCCGGAUUGAAUUGAACUAAGUGAAAACUUUGUAGACUACAAAUCAACCACAACAUGAACAAUAAUAAUUAUAAUGAUAUUGAUAAUUAAAUGUUUAAUUAGAGAAUGUAAA